AUGCCGGAGCCAAGUGCCCGCGAGUUUGAGCACAAACAUGUUGUCACAAGAUACCUUGUUUUCGUGGUCUGCUUCAUGGCAUUCGGGUCCAUGACCUAUGGGGCAUCCGCAUCCAUCAUCUCAACGACGUUGGGCCAGCCUUCGUUCUACAACUACAUGGACUUGAGCGAGGGGCAAAAGUAUUAUUCGCAGCAAAAUUCGCUUCUUGAAGCUGCCAACUCAAUCUUCUAUGCUGGUGGUAUCUUUGGACCGUUCAUGCACGGAUGGCUUGCGGAUGCUUAUGGACGCAAAAUGUCCAUCUUCGUUGCUUGUAUGAUCAACCUGGUCUCACAGGCAUUCCAGGCCGGCUCUGUACACAUCGGCAUGUUCAUUGCGUUCAGGUUCUUUGCAGGCUGGGGAGCGUUCCAAGCCGUUGCUUCCGUUCCUCUUUAUAUCGCAGAGAUAGUGCCACCUCGAGAUCGAGGGAAGCUGGUGGAUAUCCAUGCUAUCGGUAUCAAUGUGGCGUACGUCGUCACUGGAUACAUUGGAUUAGGGUUCUACUUCUUGGACACUCCAACAGCCUGGCGAGGGCCCUUGGCCUUGACCACACUGCCGCCUUUGAUAAUAUGUUUAUUCAUCUAUUGGUUUCCAGAGAGCCCACGGUACCUCCUUUCAAAAGGGCGAGACGCUGAAGCCUGGUCGGUCGUAGAAAAGCUGCACACCGACCCUUCAGACCCUAGCAACCAAUUCGCAAAACGUGAAUUCUAUAAGAUGUUGAAACAGAUUGAGCUUGACAGAGCCUUGAAAGCAAGCUAUAAGGAGAUCUUCACUAGACCUUCGUACCGCAAACGAGCAAUCAUAACCAUGACCCUCCUGUUUUGCGUGAUGAGCUCUGGAAUCCUAGUAAUCCAGAAUUACGGCGUGAUCAUCUUCGCUCGACUCGGCUACAAUAACGUUCAACAACUACUCUUCCAGACCGGCUAUACUGCAAAUGCUCUACUUUGGAGUACAAUCGCGAUGACUUUCGUGGACCUCGUGCCCAGAAAUCGCUUGAUCGGAACUGGAUACGCCAUGUGCGGAUUCUUUCUCACCAUGUUGACUAUCCUUCUUAGUCAGUUUGAGAACAGUACCAACAGAGCUGCGCUCGGGGCAUGUGUUGCCAUGAUCUUCCUCUACAACGUCUCCUUUGAGCUCGGUCUUGACGGCCCCGAAUUUUUCUAUCAGGCUGAAAUCUGGCCGUCUCAUCUUCGUGCACGCGGCUACGCUAUAGCUACCUGUGUCUACUCUGGGAUCAACAUUCCCUGGCUACAGGCCGCACCAACUGCGUUUGCAAACAUCGGGUACAACUAUUACAUCAUCUUCAUCGUCUGCUCCGCUUUUGGUGCGCUCAUGGCAUUUUUCGUCUUCCCGGAUACGCUACAUAAGCCUCUAGAAGAGGUGGCGGCGCUGUUUGGAGACAGGGAGCUGGUCGUUUUGUAUCAACAAGAGCUAGAGGGUGCUGGGGUUGAGACCACGCUCGAUCACAUUGAAGCCUCGAUAGCGGGCAUUAAAGCUGGUGAGCCAUCCAAGGCUGAAAAGAUGGAUAUCGUGCAGGCGGACAGCGUGUAG